AUUUAAGAUAUCGUGAAUUUUAUGUUUUUUGAGUAUUUAAAUUUAAAAUAAGCUCUGUUAGGAAAAAAAGGAAAGUGUUAAUGGAAAGUGUUAAUUAAUGUACCAAUUAACUAAAAUUAAACUCGGAAAAAGUGAAAUAGCAUCCUAAUGUUAAUAAAAACCAUCAACAAUAUUUGUUAUAACACAAAACAUCGUAAAAUGCUACACAGUGACAAGUUUGAUUUGUUUAGGAGUAACGUAACGUACUUAAAUAAUAACGAUGUCAUCACCCGUAAAACAAGAUCAUUUUAGAUUCUAGUAAAUUUAAACUUUACUAUUUGAUUUUAUUAUUUUCGAAUGGGAUUGGCAGGUAUUACUCAGAGAUGAGGAUGGCGUUACCAACGAUACCUCUCAGUUGUUCGCCGAAAGUCAACCAGGUGCUAGAAUGUCCCUUGGUGGACGCUGUGGCCACGAACCUGCUGGCACCGGUCAAGACGGAACGCGACAUUCUGGAGAACUCUAUGCUGGAGGAUGACCCGAACGCGAAUUGUGCUGUGGCAGAACCUCAGGAGGUGGUGACCGGUCCCAGAUGGGGUCCCCAACAUCGAGGGGCUCAAGAGUUGGCUAAUCUUUAUAGUGGUGGAAAGCGAAUCCAAGAAUGUAUAUGCGUGGCAAUGUGUCUAACCCUUAUGGCUGUUAAUUUAGUUUUUAUACUUUUCCAUAUUAGAAUCGAAAGGCUCAGUUUCGUCCUCGUUGUUGCAUUUUUUGGAAUCGUAACUGCCGACUUCUGUUCCGGUUUCGUCCAUUGGGCGGCAGAUACGUGGGGAUCAGUCGAGUUACCGGUGAUAGGAAAGAAUUUUCUUCGACCAUUCAGAGAACAUCAUAUCGAUCCCACCUCCAUAACUAGGCAUGACUUCAUUGAAACCAACGGUGAUAACUUUAUGGUGACCAUUCCAUUUUUAAGUCGCAUGGUAUGGGACUUUAUUGCACUCACAGAAGAAGACGUGCAGAAGAAAUUUGCUUGGAACUGUUAUGUGUUCCUUUUGGCAAUUUUUGUCGCUAUGACUAACCAAAUCCACAAAUGGUCCCACACAUACUUUGGCCUUCCGUCUUGGGUGGUGUUCCUACAAGAGUACCAUAUAAUACUACCCCGUCGCCACCACAGAAUUCACCACGUGGCGCCGCACGAAACGUACUUCUGUAUUACGACAGGCUGGCUGAAUUGGCCACUGGAAAAACUACGGUUCUGGAGCGGCCUGGAAGUAGUAAUCGAAGCAGUGACUGGUUUCAAACCCAGAGCCGAUGAUCUCAAAUGGGCGGAAAAACGCAAGUGAACAGUGCAAAUCGGUAUUAGUUCAAAAGUGUUCGUACGAUACCUGUGCGGUGUCAAUUAAUGGGUCCAAAGAAGCUUUUUAAUGUGAAUCGAAGUAGAUAUGUAUAUUUGACCAAAGAAAAAAUAUAUGUUAUAUUAAAGGGCAGAAUAUAAAUGUAUAAUCCUA